CAGACCGGGUGUAUCGCGUGCGUUGGACCUUGAAAGCGCCGUUUGCUCUCGAAGAACCAACAGAGAACACGCCACACAACAAUGCAAAAACCGUGAAAUCUGUACGCUUUUAAAUCGCACCUCGACUUUGACCAGAACAAGCGCGUAAAAAACGUGACGUCCGAGCAUGGGAUAUUACAGGAACCGCGCGUGCACGACGUGACAUGACAUGAUUAUGGCAUGAAUCUGCACGCUUGCCUCACACCUCCAGGGUUGGAAUCCCGCACACACAGCACAGAGGUUUGAAUCCCGAGUUGGCAUGUUCUCCCCAUUCUUUGGGGGUUUUCUCCGGAUAACAUUUGUCAGCGUUCAGGAUGAGCAGCAGCAGUAGAGAGCUGGAUGACUCUGGGGUUGAAGAAGGGCCUAGGGAAGAGCUGGAGGAGGAUGACGAGCCCAAAGUGUGCCAAGUGUGUGGAGAUACUGCUACAGGAUACCACUUCAAUGCCAUGACCUGUGAAGGCUGUAAGGGUUUUUUCAGACGGGCCAUGAAGGCUACUCCUAAUUUCCACUGUGCGUUCCAGAACAAAUGUAUCAUAACCAAGAGUAACCGACGUCAGUGCCAGUCCUGCCGACUACAGAAAUGCCUCUCAAUUGGCAUGCUGAAGGAAUUGAUCAUGUCCGAUGAGGCUGUGCAGAAACGGAGAAUGCUCAUUCGGAGGAAAAGAAUGGCCGAGGAACCAGCUGUGCUCACACAAGAACAAGAAGCCAUCAUUCAUGAGCUGCUCAUGGCUCACACAAAAACAUUUGACAUGACCUUCUCUGACUUCAGCCAGUUUCGGCCGCUUGACCGUGACGCCGAGCACACCCAGGUCGCCUCGGCCAGCCACCGGCUUUCUUCUGAAACCGAGAGAGAGGAGGCGCUACAGGACACCAUACAGAAAGUCAUCAGACAUGACUCCUCUUUUGUCAGUGUGUUCCAAACUGAGGAAGCAGAAAACAAAAGUGAAGAGGGAAAAAUCAAGUUCACCAGCCUCCCUCACAUUACAGACCUCAGCACUUACAUGAUCCAGAACGUCAUCAGCUUCGCCAAGAUCAUCCAAACCUUCAGAGAUCUAACAAUAGAGGAUCAGAUCUCAUUGCUGAAAGGUUCCGCGUUCGAGAUCGUCCAAAUGCGUUUCAACAUGCUGUUUAACGAAAAUACGGGGAUUUGGGAAUGUGGCUCGCUGAAGUACUGUAUGAAUGAUGCCCAGCGCGCUGGUUUUCAGCGCCACCUGUUGGACCCUCUCAUGAAGUUCCAUUACGCACUGCGCAGGCUGCACUUACAUGAGGAAGAGUACGUCCUGAUGCAAGCAAUUUCACUGUUCUCACCAGACCGGCCGGGUGUGAUGCAGCACAGAGUGAUUGAUGAGCUUCAGGAGAUAUUAGCUCUCACACUACAGAGCUACAUCAGUGCGAAGCGAAGCGGCCCAGAGAAACAUUUACUGUUCCCAAAAAUCAUGGCGUGUCUGACUGAAAUGAGGACUAUGAACGAGGAACACACUAAGCAGGUGCUGCAGAUUCAGGACAUCCAGCCAGAAAUGUCCCCCCUGAUUCUGGAGAUCGUGAGCAGACAUUUCUGACCCUUAUACUAGACGUCAUACCUCAGAACAAACAACAGCAAGAGCAUGUAAAUCCUCACGGUUGAACAUCACAGGCCCGCUUCGCGCUUUUUCUGUGGACGUCUUUGGUACAGAUGGAUGAUUCGGUGCGUGCGUCGUGCCAAUGCAGCAUUCCAGCAGCUUUACUUUGAGCUGGCUCAAACAUUACACAAGGAUGUUUGUCAUAAAAAGGUACACUGUGAUGAUCAGAGAAAGGAUCGGCGAGAUGUGACAUCACCGGCUAGUGCCUUUAUCUAAGAUCUCAGUUAAAGGCUAAUGAUAUUAUGAUCCAUGUGACCAAUGACCACUAGCCACUUAAACAAAAACAUGGCAGAAUUAUAGAGAAAUGGUUGACAAACCCCCAAGCUUCAUUUGUAUCAAAUGAAAUACUCUUAACAAUUCCGUAACGUAGCACCGGACAGAUGUUGACGAUUUUGGUAGUUACGUCUUGCAAAAGUUUGGCUAAAGGCUGGGUGGGAGUGCAAUGUUGACCAAACUCAGUUCUGCCUCUCUACAAGCCAGUCCUCUGCCUCGUAAAGGCAGAGCUCAAGGGUGGAGCGGAGAUUGAAAUUGUUACAGACAUCAAGCAUGCGCUACCAUCGAUGUAACCCAGGAUGGCUGAAAAAUCGCGUCCGUGUCAGCCUGAAACGGCUGAGAAACUGUGCAUAGCUACAGCUACACUAUAGUCAGUGACUUAUAUGAUGGUUACCUGAUAACAUGGCCAUGGGUAUCUCUGAGGUUGCUGCUACUAAUCAAAUAGCCACAGAAUGUUUAAAUACAUCUCAGAAAUGCUGCUUUAGAUGGAUAAAUGAGAUUAGAAAAUAUAAGCUCCUUUAGACUAAACCUUAGUCACACCUACCAGUAGCAGUGUUUCAUUGUAAAACAUUAAUAGGCUGUGCACCUGGAUAAAUGUAGCCUAGUUCAAAAGGAGAUUAUCGGUUUGUUGGCUGGACUCAGGCUUAUUUUACUCAAGCUGAUUGAAAGCUUGUGGGGUUUCUUCAAACAGUUGAAGAAACACCAGGCUAGGUGUUUAGGACACAGGUUUUCAAAAGUGGGGUCCGAGGACAAGACGCCUAGCCAGGUGUGUGCGUGUUUUGUCAUUUUGUUACAGUGGUGAAAAUCACAGACCACAGCUCGUCUUAUUAGAGUGUCUGUAUCAGGAGCGUAACACAAUCACGCUAUCUUGUAUUAGUUUAUUACUCCGAAUAUCCGUAUCGGUAUUCAGCUUUAUAGACAAUGUGGGCAUGGUGUAAAAACCAGACGGUGGAAAUCCCAGCACUCGAUUAUUAAUUUUUGUUUGUAGCCGUUUGGAAUGUUUUCUAAUGAAUUUAGAUGGUCCUGUUUACCAAAAUAUAAACAAAUUAAAUGAAAAAUACUCCAGUACAAUGUCCAAAUAGACCUAAUGUUCAGGAAUAAAAUACGUGCAGUUAACAGCUGGAAUAUUAUUGAACAUGUUCAAAUAAUGAGCCUAUAUAGCUGGAUUAUAUUGAUCAAAUAAAUCCAUACUGAAUUUAUUUUACAGUUUGCUGUCUGCAGAAAGUUUGAGAUCCCUGUGCUGCAGGUGAAUUGCCAGCCAGUCAGUGGUCUAAAAUAGACAGGAACACAAUUCAAGACACUGCACGUCCUUAACUGACAGACGAGUGGAGGUGUAAACAAGUGUUUAUUAAAGAAAGCAUACAUGCAACUGCUUUCUUAUCUCGGGAUCUUAAAAUUUAGCCCGUUUCCUACAAUAAACCAAAUCAAUGCAAAGACAUGACCAGACAAGGCUAAGGUCCGAGGUUGAUACAGGGUUUGCAUGCACUUUUAAUUCCACCACUAAAUGAUAUAGGAUCCUAAAUGCCAUGUAUUGGCAGUAAAUGUCAUCAAAAUGGUUAAAUUGGAAUAAAGUUACUCACAUAAAUGCACCCUGCUGGGGAAAAAAUAUAAAAACAAACAUUAGAAACUCUCAAAGAAUUUGUAAUGGGUUUAAUGGUUAUAAUGGAAACUAAUGCUCCCUGUGGGUCUCGACUGGUAAUUUCUUGCCCUCUAUUGUUGGCACGUUAUGUCUACUGGUAAGGACCAAUAAUGGUAAUGGUUUUAAUGGUUAGCUGUUGGUUUGUAACGGUACUUGUACUGGAAACCAUUAGAAUUACUGUGAUGGUUCCGGUUGUUUUUUUUCAGCAGGGUAUUUAAAAAAACCAAACAAACAAACAAAAAUAUAUACCCAUUAACGUAUAUAAGACUUGCCCUCAAUUUGAUUCAACUGUACUUUGAACACAUCACAAAGAUAAUGGUUUUAUUCUUAGAAGGAAAAUAAAGCACUGAAGAGGCUUUACUGCCUUGCUUUAAAGCGCACCGAUUAUGGUUUUGAAACGUGCCUAAUUUUGUUUUAGAGGUUUCAUACAAUAGAUUUACAAGCAUCCAAGAUCAAAGAUUUAACGUGCUCAUAAUUUAAACUGCAACAUCACCCCCCCCCCCCCCCCCCCCCCCAAGUGUCAAAAACGACUCAUUAAAUGAUCCGUUCUAAAGGAUUCAUUCUAAACUCCUCCUUUCAGAGAGCAUACUCUGUUGUGAUUGGUCAGAUGUCCCAGUCUGUUGUGAUUGGUCUACCGCUGUCAGCGAGCAGCCAAUGAAGACCAGAGCUUUUUUUUCAGAACUUUUGAUUUUUGAAAGUUUGCAGACGUUUUUACAUUCACAAACAGCUCUAACAACACACUACAUGAAAGGAAAUAUUUGAAAAACCAUAACAGGUGCACUUUAAGUUAUUCUGCCUUUCACGUACAAAGUCACAUGCCAGUGAUCGUGUAUAAACCUUAGAGCUGCAACCAUGAUGCCUGUGGAAAGAAGCUGUCCAUUGUAAACGAUACAACCCCCCCUCCCCCAACAAUAUUUUUAAAAAAACACUACGAUGCUAAUCGUGUUUGUUGUAGGAAGAGAUUAUGCUUAAACGUGUGAUGUGGGAUGUGUACGUCGUGAUAUUUUAUUACAAUAAGAGAAGAGAUUUAAUACUACAUGAAAAUUUUAUGUUGUGAGAUUUCACUUGUAACAUGUACCUCAGUGAUGGACUCUACAGGGUGAAGGGUGAAAGUAAUGCAAAGUUUCUCAGAAUAAAAACGCCAAUAUUGGAAGUAAUCGAACAGGAAGAACUAUGUGCUCGGAUGAUGUACACCAUUAGCGAUGUAUUUCACCCAUACGUGUGCCAAUCAGGGACAAAAUGGCACUUUUGGCCAUAUGGGUCCUAAAAAUACAUUAUGUGUAAAACAUGAUCACCAGCACCGGGAUGUUUAUUGCACAGUACUUCAGUUUACAGGUCGAAAAAUGUUACAGCGCCAUCUGGUGGCACAAGUACAUAGAAGCUCAGCUUUAACUGGAGUCUAAUGACCACAUCUGAGCCCAGGUCAGGUCAGGUCGCUUACACACACAUUUCAGUUUUGAUAAUGUACCAAAGUGUAUGUGUGACACCAAAAAAACACAAAAAAAACAAAAACAACAAAAAAAAAAAACAGCCAAAUGUUUCUGUAUGAUGUCUUUUGCUGUCUGCUGAAAUGCUUUAAAUGUAAAUAUAGAGGUUUAUUAAUGCAACCAAACUGUUUACACACACAUUAGUGUGCAGAAUGCACAAAUUAAUGAACCAUCGAUGAUCAGUGAAGCCACUCAGGUCUGUUUUCUGUCUGAAUAUAUUUGUAUAGAUGUUCUAAGUUAGGAAAAUAAAUGGGAUGUUUAAAGUUAAUGUAUUGUUCAUUGACAGCUGUGACUUUUAAAUAAACUUUCUCUUAUUACAAAAA